AUGCUUUUAUAUAUAACUUUUCCAUUGACUUCUUUAUUUGGGCUUUCUCCUAGCGCUGUAAUGAUAAAUCCUCUGUCUUUUGGGAUCCUGGCAUCUCUGUCUUUGGUUAUUGUCAAUUUCCUGAAGCCGCCUGAAGCUUGUGUUACCCUUGCUAUUGGGUUUGGCUUCAUUUCAGCUUGCAGCUCACUAUUGGAAUCUUCAAGCUUAUAA